AUGGGCAUUGAAACGUCUCCACCCGAUGUCGAAGAAUCGACGGAGCCUCCUAUAUGUCCUUAUCCGAAGGAAUCUAAGUCGCACCUAAAUAAUCAUCCCAGCGAUGUAAAAUCGGAUCUCGAGACUGAACACGGGACACCGGAGCACAGUCCGACUUCAUUCGAAUCCGCGUCCAACACCUCCACUCGCCAACAGGAUUUUCGUAGUUCGUUACAAUAUGCUCACACUAUCGACCCAGAGCACUUGGCUGUCAUUCUUGAUGUUGAUGUUCGCCAUGGCCUUUCCAGUGCCGACUCGGCAACUCGCCUACAGCGAGAUGGACCUAACAGGGUCCGAGAAAUGGAGGGUUUAUCCGUAUGGAAAAUAUUGCUGAGGCAAGUUUCCAACAGUUUGACAUUAGUGCUUUUGAUCACCAUGGCAAUAUCCUUUGGUAUCGAUGACUACAUUGAAGGAGGAGUAAUAACCGCAGUCAUCCUCCUUAAUAUUGUUGUCGGAUUCGUACAAGACUACCGCGCAGAAAAGACAAUCAUGUCUCUGCAAAGGCUAUCUGCACCAGUCUGCAAGGUUCUGCGCGAUGGCAGGGUUUCCUCUGCAAAAGCCGAGUCACUGGUAGUUGGCGAUAUCGUGCAACUAGCGGUGGGUGAUAUCGUUCCUGCAGAUAUGAGACUACUUGAUGGUAUGAAUAUCUCAGUGGACGAGGCAUUGCUGACUGGGGAAUCCUUGCCCGUGACCAAAACGCCACAUAUCACGUUGACCUCGCGUGAUAUACCGCUUGGUGACAGAACAAACAUGGCAUAUUCCGGCUGCAGCACCACGCAGGGUCGAGCUACAGGUGUCGUUACUGCUACGGGGAUGAUGACAGAAGUCGGAAAAAUAGCUCAGCUACUUCAAGACAAAAGAGAUCAAGGCAGUGCUAACCCGUUCGUUCGGGCGUUCCAGAAUGUAAAGUCUACGACCAAAAACAUUCUAGGGCUCGUCGGGACGCCAUUACAGGUGAAACUGAGCAAAUUUGCCCUUCUCCUUUUUGGCCUUGCGGUUCUUCUGGCUCUCAUUGUCUUCGCCGUUAAUAAGUUCGAUGUUCAAGGGGAAGUGUUAAUCUACGGGAUUUGUGUCGCAGUGGCGGUCGUACCUGAGUCCUUGAUUGCAGUGCUUACCAUAACCGUCGCAGUGGGUACAAAGGCAAUGGCUAAGGGAAAUGUUAUUGUGCGCAAGCUACAAUGCCUUGAGGCUGUUGGUGGGGUCACUAAUAUAUGCUCCGACAAAACUGGCACCCUCACACAAGGCAAAAUGAUUGCAAGAACUGCUUGGAUCCCUCUCGCUGGGACGCUCACAGUCAGCCAAACAACCGACCCGAUUGACCCGACGAGCGGGUCCGUUCAGAUUGACGAAGUUGACUGGAAGCCGGACGCAGUGCAGGGUAACAUAGCACUAACUACCUUUUUGAAUGCCAUUUCACUCUGUAACCUUUCGACUGUACAAAAGGAACAACAGUCAAUGCCAUCGGAAAAGGAUCCUGAACAUGGCGCGCAAGUCAGGUGGACCGCAGUCGGGGAGCCUACUGAAAUUGCCCUUCACGUCCUCGCAAUGCGAUUUGGCCUCGGCAAACCAAAUAUACUGCAAGACAGUAAUUUACAACUUCACACCGAGUACCCAUUUGACUCUUCAAUCAAGCGGAUGACGGUAAUUUACCGUAGUCUUGAAACGAGCAUGAACGAGGUAUAUACGAAAGGGGCUCCCGAGGCAGUUAUCCCUAGAUUGAAUAGCAGCGAGAUAGAGAAGUCUUCGAUCCAAGACACUGCAGACAGAAUGGCUGGGGAGGGGCUUCGCGUUCUUUGUGUUGCUUACAAAAAGGUCCCUAUUAAUAAUGAGUCUGAGGUAUCCUCGCGUACCACAGCUGAAUCAAAUUUAAGUUUUGGUGGGCUCGUGGGACUAUAUGAUCCUCCUCGGGUUGAGACUGCAGCAGCGGUGCGGAGAUGCCAAAUGGCAGGCAUCGCUGUACACAUGUUGACCGGUGACCAUAUACGGACAGCGACAGCUAUUGCAUCGGAAGUUGGUAUAUUGGACCCCGUUAUGGGUGCUAAAUCCAGCAGGUUGGUGAUGGCAGCGGAGGAUUUCGACCGACUUUCCGACAUUGACAUAGAUGCUAUCGAGCAGUUACCGCUCGUCAUCGCGCGAUGCAGUCCAACUACAAAGGUCCGAAUGGUGGAGGCAAUGCAUCGGCGCAAUGCGUUCUGCGUCAUGACCGGUGAUGGAGUCAAUGAUUCUCCUGCUUUAAAGCGUGCCGACGUGGGGAUAGCAAUGGGUAAAAACGGAAGCGACGUGGCUAAGGAAGCUGCCGACAUGGUUUUGACCGAUGACAACUUCUCAUCCAUUGUAAAAGCAGUGGAAGAGGGAAGAAGGCUUUUUGAUAAUAUCCAAAAGGUCGUUCUACUACUCAUCGCUCUGGCAUUCAAAGAUGCAGAGGGAAACUCGAUAUUCCCUCUCUCUCCCCUUGAGAUCCUGUGGGCCAACCUAGUCACCUCGUCGUUUCUCGCGAUAGGACUCGGGCUUGAAGAGGCUCAGCCCGAUAUAAUGUAUCGCCCCCCGCAUGAUCUGAAGGUGGGGGUGUUCACCUGGGAACUUAUCACUGACAAAAUGAUCUACGGAACGUGCAUGGGCUCGUUGUGUCUUGUGGCCUUUGUGUGUGUUAUUUAUGGAAAAGGUAAUGGCACCUCUUCGAUGGGGCACGAUUGUAACGAAGCAUGGAAUGAAAGUUGUAGAAUUGUCUUCCGGGCGCGAGCGACAACAUAUGCAACUUUGACCUUUUUACUUCUGGUCACGGCCUGGGAGGUGAAGCACUUUUCGCGAUCAUUAUUCAACCUAGAUCCCGGCCGAUAUCCCGGCAAGCUGUCUGUUUUCCAUUCCAUCUGGCGCAACCGGUUUUUAUUCUGGGCAGUGGUCGCUGGGUUCGUGAUCGCUUUUCCAGUGAUCUACUUGCCAGCAGUAAACCGGAUUGUUUUCAAGCACCAGGCAAUCGACUGGGAAUGGGGCGUUGUAUUCGGGUGUGUCGUGGUCUACCUCACGAUGGUGGAGAUCUGGAAGGCAAUGAAGCGAGCCUUCGGUAUCGGCAGUGGGAAGAAUGCCACUUUGACUCUGGAAGAUGCCGAGACAAGGGCCGGUCUUGUGUCACCGGUCCUGACUCUGACUGCCAACGCUAGUGUGGAUGCCAGUGUGGAAAUGAAGUAA